AUGGCGGUACUAUCCGUUAUUUCGCUUCCGGCGCUGCUGGUCUCUUUGACCGUUGCCUUUAUCCUCCUCCAGGUGAUUGAGUACGUACGCUUCCGGAGCAAGGCCGCCCGCCUCGGCUGCAAAUCGGCGCCGUCGGGCAUCAGCAGCGACUGGUCUGGCAUCAGUCUGAUGCGCAAGGGCCUCAAGGCGCAGCGGGAGAAGAAUGUGCCCAACUGGAUGCGGCACGAGUUUGCGCGCCUCUCGGCGCGAGAGGGCCGCCCGGUCGGCACCUUUGAGAUGAGCGCGCCGCUGUUUCGCCGCGUGCUCUUCACGUCGGAACCCGAGAACAUCAAGACGAUUCUGGCGACGAGCUUCAAGGACUUUAGCCUCGGUGACAAUCGCCGAGGCAACUUUAAACCGCUUCUGGGUGAAGGCAUUUUUGCGUCCGACGGCAAAAAGUGGGAGCACUCGCGCGCCAUGCUGCGUCCGCAGUUUGUUCGCAGCCAAGUCAGCGACAUCUCCCUCGAGGAGACGCACGUGCAGAACCUCAUGACGGUGCUCGACAGCCACCUCGACAAGACGACGGGGUGGUCCGGCGCCGUCGACCUGCAGCCGCUCUUCUUCCGCCUCACGCUCGACUCGGCCACCGAGUUUCUGUUUGGCGAGAGCGUCAACAGCCAGCUCCGCCGCGAGGGCGACGCCGACAACGACGCCCACGCCUUUGCCACGUCGUUUGACGCCUCGCAGAACCAGCUCGCCGUCGCCGGCCGCUACGGCAGCAACUACUGGAUCGGGCACACCAAGGCCUUUCGCGAAGACGUGCGCAUCUGUCACGAAUUCAUCGACUAUUUCGUGCAAAAGGCCCUCAACGGGCAGCGCGACACUAGCGAAAAGGCCGACGCCGACAAGGAGGAGCGCUACGUCUUUCUCGAGGCCAUUGCCCGCGAGACGUCGGAUCCCGUGGAGCUGCGCUCGCAGCUCAUCAAUAUUCUGCUCGCCGGCCGCGACACGACCGCCUCGACGCUCGGCUGGUUCUUCCACAUCAUGGGCCAGGCCCGGAACGCGCACAUUUACAAGCGCCUGCGCCAGGCGAUUCUCGACGAGUUUGGCACGUACCGCAACCCGAAACCAAUCACAUUCGAGGGCCUCAAGAACCUCACCUACCUGCAGUGGUGCAUCAACGAGACGCUCCGCCUGUACCCGAUUGUGCCCAUGAAUGGCCGCGCCGCCGUCAAGGACACUGUGCUUCCUCUGGGCGGUGGUCCUGAUGGACGCUCGCCGAUUCUAGUCAAGAAGGGACAGGAUAUUGGAUAUUCGGUUCACGUUAUGCACCACCGCACCGACCUCUGGGGUGCCGACGCCGACGACUUUCGCCCAGAGCGAUGGGAAAAGCGCAAGCCCGGCUGGGACUACCUACCGUUCAACGGCGGCCCUCGCAUCUGCAUCGGCCAGCAAUUUGCGCUCACGGAAAUCGCCUACGUGGUGGCGCGCAUGCUGCAGCGCUUCGAUGAGCUGGACGGCUCGACGCUGUCGGCCGAGUCACACGGCCUAGGCCUGACCAACUGCCCUGGAGAAGGCGUGACAUUGAAGGUGCACUUUGACGAGUAA